AUGUCGACAGUGUCAAGCUUUGAUUUGUACCUGUAUGCUGGUGGUUAUUGGUCAGAAGAAGGAUUAUAUCAUGGUGGAGAGGCUCAUAUGGUGGGUAGGUUAAGUGAGGAGACAUUUACCUUGAAGUCUGUUUCUAUGUACGUAAAGGAGCUCUAUGGGUAUGACGAGAACAUGAGCAAAGUGUCGUGGUUUCCACCAGAAACACCUCACAAGAAAGAAGUCGUAGAGGAUGAUGAGAUUUUAAGAAGGAAAGUGCUGAAUUAUGCUUUGGGAUCAGGAGCUACGACUCUAUAUGUGGUUCGAGAAGAUGAUCCAUAUAUUGGGAGGCAUUCAAGUGUUAGAGUAUUGCGCUUGUCAGAUGAGAUUCCUGAAGAAAACGGUCGUAGUGACAGUAGUAGUGGUGACAGUGAUUCAGAUUCAGAGGCUGAUGAUAAUAUUACGAGCAAGAUGAAGAAGAGCACGAGAGUAGUGGUGAUAGUGAUCUGGCCAAUGUUGUUGCACAAGUAG